CGGCUGCUACUAAACGGAGGCUGCAGGAAAUGAGGGCGCAAAAAGACGCUGCUGCUUGCACCGCCUGGACACACACACACACACACACACCCCGGUGGGAUUGUUUUCACUUUGGAAGGACGUGUUCUUUAUUUUCACCCAGGACUCGUUUGCAGAGGACAUCCACACCCACACCCACGCACAGGAUGCUGUCGUCCUUCAAAGCCCUGCUGCUGCUGUCCGCGCUGUGCACGCCGUCCUCCAGCCUCUGUCCCCGCUUGUCCCACGGACGUUUUUCCCUGCUGUGUGACCGCCAGAUGGCCGUCGGCUUCCGGGGCGACGACGACGACCUGGCCGGAUACGCCGUGGAGGACGAGGGCUGGGGGUCCCUGAUCCUGCAGUCGGCGGAGCGCCUCUCGGCUUCCCCGGAGUCCGAGAGUCGGGAGAAAAGAACUUACAACGCGGCCAAGUCGCGCUUCCAGAGCCGGGCGAAGCUGCGGGGGCCUCUACUGCGCAGCCGCGGCAAAGCGGAGCGCAGGAGCCGGCUGACUUUGUCCUUGGACGUGCCGACCAACAUCAUGAAUGUCCUCUUCGACGUGGCCAAAGCCCACAACAUGCGCGCGAAGGCGGCAGAGAACGCUCGUCUGCUCGCUCAGAUCGGCCGGAGGAAGUAGAAUAACUUUUAUUUUUUCUUUAAAGAAACUUUAUUUGCGUCAACAACUUCUUCUACUCUUGUUUAGUUUUUUUUAAACUUUAUUUCAACAACAAUUAUCCCAUACUUGCCAACCUUGAGACCUCCGAUUUCGGGAGG